CUCGAAUCUUAGCUAUCUUGCCUUGCCCAUUUCACCAAAGCACUAAGAUAAAAUACCCACAUAUACACCCAAGUUUUAGAAAUAUUCAUUAGUCAAUACACGCAUCUCUGCACACCCAAGUCCACCUCACCAUCCCGGAAACUGUCCCACAACCGGAAUUCUGAAACCAAUUCAUCAGAAUUCGUCUCUUUUCUCGACAACCCAUUUCGCAUCUAGUCCAGUAGGAGACUAUGCACCAUGAAUUUCACUCUCACCAUCUUCACAUGUCUCAUGAUUUUCGCAAUUCGAUUUGCGAAGGCCGAGUUAUUUGCCGGCGAAAGAGAUGAAUUGAUUUAUGUUAGAGAUUCGCUGACUUCUACUGCAAAUUUGCAUUCGAUGUGGACGGGCCCGCCUUGUCAUAACAACAUUAGCAAAUGGGUUGGGAUCGCAUGCUUGAAUUCACAUGUCGUGCAUAUAGUUCUUGAAGGAAUUCAAUUGAAUGGUUCACUUCCAACCACAUUCCUACAAAAUAUAACUUACUUGAGUAAGCUCAGUUUGAGAAACAAUUCUUUAUUUGGUCCGCUUCCAAGCUUCGCGAAUCUUGUUCACCUUCAAUACAUUUUCCUCUCGCAAAACCACUUCUCGGGUCCAAUUCCAUUAGAAUUCAUCAACUUGCCGAAUCUUAAGCGGCUAGAGUUGCAGGAAAAUCUUCUAAAUGGGACCAUACCACCCUUCAAUCAAUCAACGUUAACAGCUUUCAACGUCUCCAAUAAUUUUCUCAAUGGCCCAAUUCCUGAGACGCCAGUUCUUCUGAGGUUCCCUAGGAGCUCAUAUGAUCACAACUCAGAAUUGUGUGGGCAACCUUUGGGGAAACCAUGCCAGAUCGUUCCUGUGGCUCCUGUAGGUGGCCCCCCACCGACUAGCCCGAGCCCGCGGGUCCCAACUCCAUCAAAGGACAAGACACUGAGAGUAUGGAGUAUUGCUUUGAUUGCAGUAGCUGCUCUGUUGGUCCCCUUCACUGUCAUGUUAGUCUUCUUGUGUUAUUACAGGAGAAAGCAUGGGAAGGGAACAAAAGAAAAGGAGCACUCAGGAGAAAUCUCCCCAGAGGUGGCCGAAAAGAGAACCCGAAGCUCAGAGAGCAUAGGGGACCCAGGGAAGACCAUUGAGUUGGAAUUCUUCGACUGGAGUAGACCGGUUUUCGAUCUGGAGGAUCUAUUACGGGCUUCAGCAGAGAUGAUGGGUAAAGGGAUGGUAGGGAGCUCAUACAAGGCGGUGCUGGAGUCAGGAUUAGUUGUGUCGGUGAAGAGGGUGAAGGAGAUGAAUGGCUUGAGCAAGAAGGAGUUUGUUCAGCAAAUGCAGUUGCUUGGGAAGCUGAGGCAUGAAAACCUUGUGGAGAUGAUCUCUUUCUACUACUCCAAGGAAGAGAAGCUAGUUGUUUAUGAGUAUGUGCCUGGUGGGAGCUUGUUUGAGCUUCUACAUGGUAACAGAGGAGCUGCAAGAAUACCCUUGGACUGGGCGACACGUCUGUUGAUACUCAAAGGCAUUGCAGUGGGCCUAACUUAUCUCCACCAAUCACUCCCUUCCCACAGGGUCCCCCAUGCCAAUCUCAAAUCCUCCAAUGUCCUUAUUGCCCACAAUGACCGUAACUACCACCCCAAGAUCACCCAUUUCGGCUUCCAACCCCUCCUCCCUCCUCAAAAAGCCAUUGAAUUGCUCGCCUCCGGCAAGUCUCCAGAGGCAUCCAAAGGCAAGAAACUGACCCACAAAGCCGAUGUGUAUUGCUUCGGCUUGAUAAUGCUUGAAGUCAUCACCGGUCGGAUCCCAGGCGAAUUCUCACCUGGAAACAUCGAUACUACCGAUGAUUUGUCUGAAUGGGUGCGGUCCGUCGUUCACAGAGAUUGGUCGACAGAUAUAUUGGAUUUGGAGAUUCUACCAGCAAAAGAAGGACACGAGGAGAUGUUACAGCUUACCGAGGUUGCGCUUGAGUGCACUAAUUCAAUGCCAGAGCGGCGUCCCAAGAUGAGUGAGGUGUUGAAGAGGAUAGAAGAAAUCAAGGAAGAGGACACUAAGAAGGGAGAGACUGAAGGAAGAGAGACAUGAAAAUUAUAUAAUGUGGUAAGUUGGUUUUCAUUUUUUCAUGGAUUUGGAUGAUUUGUAUGCAUUGGUUUGUUCUUACAUGUAAAUGAUCAAAUACAUUGAUCGAGUUGCAACCCAAUCGAGUUGACUCAGUCAGUUGAGUCGAGUCGAUGAUUGAAUUUUCUGACUCGCCGAGUUGAGAUCUGAAAGGAAUGGACCAUUUUGUAAGUUAGUGUAAGAGCAAAGACAUUUU